UUAUUGUGCUUUCCAUUCCUUUAAACGUACAGUCCUUUUCCUCCCUACAUAUAGCGAGUGGCUAGGAGAAACUCAUCAGUACACAAUUAUUUAGGGCAAAAGUCACACCAAAUCUAUUAACCAUGAACACCAACAAAUCAUCUAAAUCUUCCUCCAAACCAGAUAGAAAAAUCAUAGAAAAAAACAGAAGAAACUACAUGAAAUGCCUUUGCUCUCAACUCAACUCCAUUGUUCAUCAUCAUGCUUCUUCUUCAAGGGAGUCUUUAACCUUGUCUGAUCAGAUAGACGAAGCGACGAAAUAUAUAAAGCAAAAGGAAGAAAUUAUAGCAGAAUUGAAGCAAAAGAAGGAUCAUUUGGUUGAUGUUAAUGGUAAAUUAAGUAGCAGAAAAGGUUACUCUUUAAAUUCACCGGUCCAAAUUGAGGUACAUGUAAAGGGAAGUGCUUUAGAAGUGAUAUUGGUAACUGGGCUGGAAUGUGAGUUUGUUUUCACUGAAGCAAUUCGUAUAGUUCUUGAGGAACAUGCUGAGGUUGUUAAUGCUAGUUAUUCUGUUGUUGGGACCACUGUUUUUCACAGUAUUCAUGCAAAGGGGAAAAAAAGUGCUCAGAAGAAGAAGCUUCAUCUCCAAAAAAUUCGGCUAACAAUUGCUUGUAUCUCUGUGAUUGGGGAGGAUGCAGCAAGGCCUGAAGUCGCAAGGAUUACAGAGAGGUUGAAGAAGUUUGCCCUUUGAUUCACAUUUGAUACUCUAGCUAGUUUUUGGGUCCGGAUAAUGUCCUGAGAUGUUUGUUUCUAUAUUUGUUACACUUGCUUUAGUAUUUCCUUUGCUACAACUAAUAUGAUUUCUAUCCAUUAGGUAAUUAUUUAUUUCACCUUUCAUUGUGGUUUGUCUUGUUGUUUAGGGAGUGAUGAUAAUUGCAAUAUAUAAUGGUUAUUUUCUAUAUAUAAUGCCCAAAGUCAUGUGCAUAGUAAAUAUUAUUAUUA